UGCUGAUACCAUCAGAAAAUUUUCGUGCUCCCUUCAAUCGCUUUGCCCCAUCUUUUGCUAACAAGGAUCAAGUACAUCAUUGUCUCCAAACUCUCUAUAGUGUCGAACUCAAUUGUGAGUCUCGUGCUAUUGAUUCGUGUUGCGACGCCAGCAUGAGUGAUCAGUGCGGAUCGCCGAGUCCGUGUUGCGCGUGGUGACUUGGCGGCGGGUCCAGAAGACCUUCUCCGACUCCCCGGGAUCAUGGCUGUGCUGCUGCGCAACGUGACCAACAGCAUCUGGCACGCUUUCGGCGCCCUGCACCAGGAGCAGGAUGGCCUGGUGAACAAGACGAAGCUGAAGGUGCUGACGGCAAAUCUCGCAACUCUGCUCGACUUAUAUGGGGUGGAAAGGGGCCUGGAUCACUUUCGGUCGACGGCCACACUCAAUUUUGAGCAUUUCAAGUUCUACCUGGCCCAGGAGGUGUUCUCCUGCCUGCCCAACACACUCACACUCGCCGAGCUGAGGAGUCACGAGGCCAAAAUUGAUGAGAUUUGCUGGCUAGUGUGUCGACAAAAGUAUACAAGUCAGCGGGAGAGUAGCAUUUAUCCCGAGCAAUCAGUCUAUAAACUCUUCCGAAUCUUCUGUAUGUUCAGCGAUCUCGUGGUACGAACUGAUGGCAACUGCCAAGUGCUGAUGCACUCUUCAGAAGCCAUCCAGAUUGUCCAGCAGCUACUGAACAUGCUGGGCCUUGACUACGAAGCAGAGAAGAAGUACGAAUACCUCGUGAACUCAGAUCUCACGUAUCGCUUUGAGCAAUUCCUCUCACUUGUCGAGUUCAGGGAAGUGCGCGAGGGCACUUUCGAGUGCAUCGAAUCCCUGUACGAGGCAGUGGAUGAGAUCUUCCAGAUCUACAUCAAGGACAUCAUCAAGAAAGGUUACCUGUACCGUCGCGGCUACUUACUGCCCACACUCCGCGAAUACUGGUUCGUAUUGCAGCCCUGUGAGUUGUCGUACUACAAGACGCCUCAUCUCAAGGAGCUAUGCGGCAGCAUCUGCCUUGAUUCCAACUGCAUGGUGAAGCCCUUCAUGUCACCCUCUGGGAAGCAUGACAAGGUGCAGCGCUUCAUAAUCACGUCCGGGGAGAGAAAUUUUGAGCUCGCGGCUCACGAUCAUCGCUCCCGAAUGCAGUGGAUUGCGGCUCUUCAGCUGGCCAUCACGUAUUCGGCUGGCAAGGAGGGCUUCCAGAGGGAUCUCACGACCAGGCGACGGCAGCAGCGGGAGGCCACGAAGCAGAAGCGUCGCGAGGAGGAGCUGGAGCGCAGCACUCACAUCCAAGAAGUGGAGGAAGCCAAAGUGCAGUUGGCGCGUGAGAAGAUGGCACGAGUGGCGGCGGAGACACAAGCCAAAGAACUGGAAGCGAUCGCGCGGGAGGAUUCUCGUCGAGUGGCCGAACUGGAGGACAUGAAGCAGACCCUGGAGAAAUUGCUCAUGGAAGAGACACAGGCAAAGAGAGACGAAGAAAUUGUUCGUGCACUCCAGGCGCGUGUGCUCUCGGAUGAGUGGGAAAAACGUGCAGAGCUGGAGCAACUGCAGGAGGAGCAGCGUGUUCUCCUGGAGCAGGAGCGCCAGAAGAGAAUGGAGUUUGAAAAGCUUCAGAAGGAGAAGGAGCAACAGCUUAAGGAAGCUGAGAAACGACUCAAAGAACUCGAGGAUGAACGACUGAAGCUGGACAACGAGCUGACUGUGUCCCGAUGCAAAAUCAAACAAUCAGAAGAGGCGAAGGAAGUCCUGGAGACAAGACUCCAGACCAUUCAGCCACCAUCUCGGGAGGGCAGUCGCGUCCGGCGAGCUCUAUCAUUCAUGCCAUCCACUCGUGAGCGACCCACCACGAAUGCAGAUGCAGAGAAGAGAUCAUCGAACAUCAGGCGGGAGAAAAUCAUUUCAACCAAAUUUAACCACUAGCGUCUUUGUAAAAAUUAACCAAUAAACUAACUCACCACUGCCAGGAAUGCUCCUGCUGGUAUUCAGACACAAA